AUGUUUGGCUACGAGUUCGUGACCCUCGACAGCGAGCAGAAGGCUGUUCGCCGGAACUUGCUGGAUCUCUAUGGGAUUAUUGCGCAAUGGUCCAUACUCGCGGUGUUUAUUGUCGCUCAGUUGGGCUUCGUUGUGAGAUGGGCUAUUCUCCGCAAGUCCAGGCAAGAGCGGCCUCGCUCUCCUUUCCCAAAUAAAACCAUGAACCUUGAGGGGAAAGCCUGGUAUUGGUAUUUUGAAGAGCAGCUGACGCGCUUCCGCUGGUGGGCCGACGAGACUCUCAGGGAAGGCUGGUUUACCAAGGGCGAGUGCAUCUUCGGGCUCGUGUGGUCACUCUGGCUUCUUUUUCUCUGUAUUCACAGAACUGGUAAUGACUAUCUACACCUCACGAAGCGCUUCGGCAUGGUUGCAGCGUCCCAGCUUCCGCUGCAGUACUUGCUUGCAAUGCGAUCCGCGUACUCUCCUAUCCAGAUGUUGACUCGUCUAUCGUAUGAGCGUGUCGUUGCGAUUCACCAGCUGCUAGGCAAGAUCCUCACCGGCUUCUUCGGCUUACACGCGGCAUUUUACCUCAACUUCUUCGUCCGAUCCGGCGUUCUCACUAAGCGUCUUGGUGAUGUGGAUGUCAUCACCGGCCUCAUCGGAUUCGUCAUGUUCGCAACCAUGAGCACCACGGCCCUCAGCUACAUCCGCAACUGGAAUUACCGCAUCUUCUUCACUACCCACGUCCUCCUCGCUAUCAUUCUCGUCGACGUCCUCAUAUUUCACGUCUCUCACAUCCGCACCUAUGUCUUCGAAAUGCUUGCCGUAUUCGUCAUUCUUCAAAUCUUCCGUCAAGCCAAAAUGCGGCAGUUCUCUGGCUCCAUCACUCUAAUCCCCGGCACCAAUCUUGUCCAAGUCACGGUGCCGCUGCCCUUCGACAAAGACGCAAAGGAAUUCAAACCUGGUCAACACGUCCAUCUUAGCAAGCCGCCGUUGGGCCAACCUUCACUCAGCUACGCAAACACGUUCGCAAUGCGCUACCGCACAAACCCUUUCACUGUCGCCUCAGUCCCUGCGAAAGACAGACAACUGCUCCUGGUCGCCCGCUCUCUCGCCGGCAACACCAAGCACCUCGCCGCAGUAGCGCGCUCCCUCCGCAGCCAGACGACCGACGGCAACCCCACCAUCCCCUUGACCAUCGAAGGCCCCUACGGCGCCUCUCUACCAGACCUCAACGACUUCGAGCACGUCCUCCUCGUAGCCGGCGGCGUAGGCGCCACCUUCACCGUCCCGCUCUUCCGCAGCCUCACCGAGGGUGCCAAUCCCGGCGACGCGUCGCCCGCGCUACGCACCCGCGUCCGCUUCGUCUGGGCGGUGCGACGGCUGGCCGAGACGCGCUGGGCCUUCCCACCGACAACACCCGACGCUGCCGGCAGCUCUUCGUCGUCUUCAUGCACGUCCUUUGCAAACCAGGACAUCGACGUGUUCGUGACGCGUGGUCCUGGCGCUGUGGAUGAGGACAGCGGCCGCGAAGGAUUGCUCGCAGGUGAUGACGAUGAAGAAGACAUCGAGCUCGCCGACGCUCAGACCCUCGUGAAGGAGGACGAGAACAACGGCAAGGAGGAGAAGCCGCAUGGCCGGGUCAUUUCCCGCGGUCGCCCGGACCUGGCUGCCAUUGUGGACGAGGCGUUCGAGGCGUCGUCCGGGGCGGUCGCGGUCCUGGUGUGCGGGCCGGAUGGGAUGGUGAAGGAGAUGCGCAGGCACGUUGGCUCGUGGCUCGACCUCGAAGCGGCCACCAUGCGAUGGAUCAAUAGCAACAAAGACCCAGCUUAUCUCUACCGCGAUUCAAUUGUAAUCGUCCGAUACCAUGUCCACUGCCUCCUCGAGGACGCGCUCCACAUCGCAAGGACGGCAAGGGAGUCGCACGAAGUAUACAGGGAGGAAUUCGCCAGAAGAAUUGCCCAGAUGCGCGCACUCAAAACCAUGGCCAUGGAGGCCGACGAAAUUCCGGAAGGUCUUAAGGAUCGUGGUAAGACUCUGGCGUUUGACUAUAGCACCGAAUUCAAUGGCCAUCUCCGGUAUAUGAGGCGGCUCAUCAGAGGCCUCUAUGGCAUGACCGACGCGACCGACUUCCUCUGCGCCUCGCUCAUGGAAUUCUUUGAUCUCACCUGGGAAGGAGGGAGGACAGAGAGCGUAAUACGAAACCUCGCGAAUGCGCUGUGGGCCAUUGAUGACUCUAAAGACCAAACCACCGAGAGGCAUCUGUCCAAUGUUGAUGAGCUGGAAAAUGUCUUCUCGGUGGAGAUGGUGGACGCCGUCAAUCAUUACUACGUGUGGACUCAGAGGGAGGCACAGGAUGCCAUGGACUGGACUGGAAUGUCUAUUUUUAAACGCGAGAGUCCAAAUAUGGGAGAGGUAAUAGACUGGAGACUACCAUCUUGA